GUUUACACUUUCUUGUAGGCAGUUAAUACCAAAUACUCAGAAGAUAUGGAGCAUCCAUCGAACGGGCUUUCAAUUAUUGGAUGUCUAAGACCUGCUUUUUAUGAUGAGGAAUCGUAUCUAAGAGGGCUCUUUCACAAUGAAGAUGGUGAUGGGUAUGCCUCAGACUGGAAAGAUGGUGAGAGAUUGAACUUCAAUUCUCAGAGUGCUGGAGCCAACAUAUGUUCAACAUUAUACAAGUUGGAGAUUAUGCGGAUGGAAUUGUUCUCUGUAUAUGGAGUCCAGUCUUCAAUUAGUUUGCAACAUUUCCAAGAUGCGGAGCCUGAUGUUCUCGUACAUUCUUCUUCAGAGAUCAUAGAACGCUUUAAUGAGAAAGGAAUGAAGAGUAAUGCUGCUCUUAAAUCCCUCUGCAGAAAGAAGGGCCUAAAUGUUGAGGGAGCAAAUAUCAUUGGGGUUGACAGUCUAGGCAUGGAUGUGAGAGUUUUCUCUGGUGCAGAAAGUCAGACCCUCCGUUUCUCGUUCAAAUCUCGGGUUACAUCUGGACGUGCUGCCGAGAAAAAGAUUCAGCAAAUGUUGUUCCCAAGGAUUCAGAGGAAAAAAUUUAAGGCUCAUGAUGAGGGUCUGAAGAACUUAGAUUCUUUUUAAACUCCAUAUAUUCAAAGGAAUUGCUUUUAAAAAAUAAGUCAUUAUAUUCAAUAUCUCAAAAAAGUUUAUAUGGCCAGUUCAACUCUGACAAAGGUUCUCCCUGCACAUGCAUUCUGUUCAGACACCUACUGUUAUUUGCUCUUGCAGAAGGGUGAAGCUUUGGCCUAAACCUUACAGAAGAUGAAUUUAGACAAAUGCUAAAAAUUUAACCACCCUAUCUGCAGUGAAGUUCAGUGGUUCGCUGUCUAACAUGUAAUAAGAGUACCUUGCACCACACAUCUUGCUGCUGACUUUGAACACACCCACCCCUCCCCCCCCCCC